UGCAGAGGUCGCCCCCUCUCCUACACAAAUUGUGGUCGAAACCGUUUCUCUCUCUCUCUCCCAAAGCGUAAACCGAAAAAAGGAACACAGCGGUGACCUGUACAUAAUGCACUGACCUGUCUGCACUGCUUCCAUUAUUAUUUCAAUUUCAUUCAAAAGAGUUGAUAAUUCAAAAUUCAGUGGGGAUUAAUGCUCGCAGUGAAGCAUGAGAGAGGAAUCGAGGCAUUCUCAAUGGAAGACACAGAAUUUGAAGACGAGAAUUUGCUCGACACCAUUAAUUUCGACGACAUUCUCAUCGGAAUCGGAGACGGCGACAUGUUGCCUGAUUUGGAAAUCGAUAACGAAUUCUUCGCCGAAUUCUCAGGCUCCGAAUCUGAGACGAAAUUAGAGAUUGAAAAUAAUUCGCUAGAAGAUGCCGCAGCAGAUUCAGUUUCCGAUGUCGAUUUGGAAUCGGUUCAGAAACCCGAACCCGAACCGGAAGUGAAGGAUCCGGAUUUGAAAGAAGCGGACGACACGAGUAAGGUAUCGUCGUCUCGCUGUAAAAAUCCACCGGGGAAGAAGAAAACCAAGGUGGAUUGGACGCCGGAAUUGCACCGGCGGUUCGUGCAGGCGGUGGAGCAGCUAGGGAUUGACAAGGCGGUGCCGUCGAGAAUUCUAGAAAUCAUGGGAAAUGACUGCCUUACACGCCAUAACAUUGCCAGCCAUCUUCAAAAAUAUCGAUCUCACCGAAAACACGUGCAAGUGCGGGAAGCAGAGGCGGCGAGCUGGGGUCAGCGGCGGCAGAUAUACGGAACCACGGCAGAUGUGAAUCCUUGGAUUGCACCCUUCCCUCCGAAUUUUAGACCCUUACAUGUAUGGGGUCAUCCAUCCGUCGACCAAUCAUUGAUGUACACGUGGCCUCCACCUCACGCUUGGCCGGCUGACCCAUCAUCCCUUUGGCAUCCACAUCACCAAUAUGUUCCGCCGCCGGCCACAAUAUAUUUUCCGCAGCCGCAAUUUCAACCGACGAGAUUUCCACGGCCGCCCACUGGAGUGCCGGCCGUGCAAACGGCGCCGCAACCGCCUUCCGAUGUUCAUCCGUCAAAAGAGAGAAUAGAUGCAGCCAUUGGAGAUGUUCUAGAGAAACAAUGGCUGCCGCUGCCACUCGGAUUAAAGCCCCCGUCCAUGGAUAGUGUGAUGGCCGAACUACGGCGCCAAGGCGUAUCAAAAAUACCUCCCACUUAGCCUUUGAUAAUCAUCUUGCUUCCAACUUCUCUUCCCAAUAAAUAUGCUAGUAGGAGUACUAGGACUAAGAUUUGGUGUGUGGAGUGGUAGCGGAUAUGUUUAAGUUCAUCAUAUAGGGAGGAGAUUAUGCGUAUUUGGUUGUUAGUACAAAGUCGGCUUGUUUCAAUAGUACAAGCAAUUGUGCGUAUUUGGUCACUAGCUACCACUAGAAUAAUUGUAUAACUAAAUAUUAAAGUACAAAAUUGGGAACUCUCCAUAAAAUGAAUACGACCUAACUCCA